AUGUUAAAUUUGAUCAACUAUCGACUCCGCAUAACUCUCGCGGACUCGCGCGUUUUAACAGGUCAAAUGCUCGCCUUUGAUAAGCAUAUGAAUCUUGUGCUAGCUGAUUGUGAAGAAUUUAGAAAGAUCAAACCGAAAAGUGGGUCAAAAGUACCUCAGGGUCAACCUGAGCAAGAGGAAAAAAGAACAUUAGGUUUAGUUAUUUUAAGGGGUGAAACUAUUGUUAGCUUAAGCGUAGAAGGUCCUCCACCGCCAAGUGCUGACGAUUCAAAAACAAAAUUAGCUCAGCUUCCAGGUGGUCCAGGUAUAGGUCGUCCAGCCGGUAGAGGAUUACCUGGUGCCCCACAAGGUGUUGCACCAGCAGGUCUCACUGGACCUGUUCGUGGUGUAGGUGGUCCAGCUCCCGGAAUGAUGCAACCUAGAGGGAUGACUCCUAGACCAGGAAUGCCCCCAGUUAUGGGAGGUGUACCCCCAGGUUUUAGAGGCGGAAUGGGUCCACCACCUGGAAUGCCACCUGUAAUGGGUGCAAUGCCACCAGGCUUUAGGGGAGGUGCUCCGCCACCAGGAAUAAGGCCACCACCAAUGGGAAUGCCCGGUGGGCCUCCUCCAUUUCCAUCCGGAGGACGUGGUAUACCUCCAAAUUUCCCCGUCCCUGGCCAAGCACCACCUCAAGGUUUUAGACCUCCUCCACAAAUGCGUCCACCACCCGGCCCAGGUCAAGGCCGUGCAAUAACAUGA